UCCCUGGGCAGUCGAUGACAGAUAGAGAGGGUAGGCGAAAAGGAAAAGAAAAAGUGGUCAGUUGUUAGAAAUGCCUACAGGGAUAGAGACUGGAAAGGAUAGUUGAAAAUUGGAGAAUAUAUAACGAGUUGUUUAUUGAAUAAACGGUGGUUUUAAUUGUUUCCCGCUCCUUCACAAAUCUGGCGACGAGGAUUUUAGAAAAAGAUGGAUGAUGGUCGUCCUGUACCUCCGUUUCGAUGUGACGAAAUCGACCAAAAUCGUUUAUACAAUGAAUGGAGAAUAUGGAAAAGGUCGCUGGAGUGCUACUUUGAAGCUUACGAUGUUGAGGAUCAAAAGAAAAAACGGGCAAAGCUUUUACAUUUUGGAGGACCACAGCUACAGCGUGUAUUCGAAAAUCUCCCAGAUCGAGAGAAUUUUCCAUUAGUGGCUAUAGCGAAGCCAUGGUACGACGUUGCAGUCAAUGCACUUGACCGGUUCUUUCAACCGUGCCAACAAGACGGUUUGGAACGACAUAAGCUACGUCAAAUGUAUCAAAAAGAUGGCGAAAGGUUCGCUGAUUUCUUGUUACGGUUGCGGCAACAGGUUUCUGACUGGGUUCGAGAAAUACCCUAUAGAGACGAAGGAUGUUCUUACAGAAUUAUUUUUAACGGAUGUCAUUAUUGAGGGUUGUGCAUCACACGAACUACGUCGUCGUAUUCUCCAACAAGAUCGCUCAUUAUCUGAGAUAGAAUCUCUUUGGAUUACAUUGGAAGGAAUCGAAUCACAAGUAAGGGAUCUAAAUGUUAAACCACAGGAAAACACGCUUGGUCAAAAGGUAUUCAAAAUCACUGCUAAGCAGAAUCAUUCUCAACGUUCAUGGCAUAUCCCAGGACAUUUUCCACGGAACAAGCCGCAUCCGUACAACCAAAGAAAUUUUCGGUGCUUUAAUUGCGGAAGACGCGAUCAUAUCUCUACAGACCAAACGUGCCCAGCUAAGAACGUUGCGUGCCGCUCUUGUAAACGAGUAGGCCAUUUCGAAGCGUACUGUCGGCAAAAAGUUUUUCAGCGUGGUUACUUGCAACGGAGUAGCACACAGGUUAUGUCAGAAAAGGAUAAGAUAUGUAUGUUAAAAGAGGAAGGAGUUGUAUCGAAACCAGAUAAUCAAAAAGAGGAUACUGGCAAGACAUACUACACGUUCUACGCUGGGAGCGAAUCAAACGUCAUUAUGUGUAAUGUAGGAGGUGUUGAUUUAGAUCUACUUGUUGAUUCUGGCUCGGAUGCCAAUCUUAUUCCAGACACUGUUUGGGAAUAUUUGAAGAAAAAAGCUGUAACCGUCAAGCAAUGCGAAAGAGGAAGUUCAAAAAUACUGAAAGGGCAAGUGAUUCUCCGUUACCAAUUCUCGGUACAUUUGUUGCUGAUGUCAAGGUCGGUCAAAAGUUGGUUUCAGCGAAGUUUCACGUGAUAAUUGGAGGACAACGGUCUUUGUUAGGUGACUGUACAUCGAAAGAACUUGAAAUUUUAAAGAUAGGGAUAGAUGUUCUCAAUGUGGUCAGCGAUAUGAAACCGUUUUCUAAGAUAAAGGACAUCCAAGUACAAAUCCAUAUGAAUCCGAAUGUAAAACCGGUAUUCCAGCCUAUUCGUCGAAUCCCAAUACCGCUUGAGGACGCUGUUAAUAAGAAGCUAGAACAGUUAUUGCUGAAGGAUAUCAUCGAAGUUAAACAUGGUCCAGCAACUUGGGUAUCUCCGCUGGUAAUAGUUGAAAAAAGCAAUGGGGAACCAAGGGUAUGCCUUGAUUUGCGCCGCGUAAACGAAGCGGUUCUUCGCGAAAGACAUCCAAUGCCAGUGGUUGAUGACUAUUUGGCAAGAUUGGGAAAAGGCACAUACUGGAGCAAGCUGAACAUUAAGGAAGCAUUUCUACAAGUUGAAUUGGCGCCGGAGUCGCGAGACAUCACUGUAUUCAUUACCAACAAGGGAUUGUUCCGUUUCAAAAGACUGCCUUUCGGUUUGGUAACAUUGUUU